AAAUAGAAAAUAGAAAAUCGGCCAUUACAAAAUGCUAUUGCGGCUUCUUUGAAAACUUUCAAAUGGUUCGCCCAAACUUCUAUGCAUGGUUCAACGCCGGUUAACAAUAUUUUUCACGGACUGAUUGAUACAAUAACAAACACGAAGCUUGCCUUACUCCUUAAUAUAACGCGAAUAUUUAAUUUACUUGCGUGGCGUGUCUGACUAGGAGGGUUGUCGAAUGCUCGCGAACUGAGUCUGAUCAUUUAAGAGCCAAGGUGGCGAACGAGCCGAGACUCAGAAAGUCAUUUGGCGAGAGACGUAACGUUCUAGGCCUUAUCAAUAGACUAGUCUCUUGGCUUUAUAGCCGGGAGCUGUAAAUGUUGUAGGAUCGACUCGACCCGUAACGGUUCAUUUGAAAAGACGUGCCGAGUCACAGGAAGUCGUUUCAGGAGAAACGUAGAAAAUUCCAGCAUAGCAUUAAUUGAAGAAGCGGAGGAGGGUAGAAAUGUGUCGGUAUGGACUCGACUCAACCAAGAUCAUCACGACCCUCUGAUGAAAAGUCGACCCGACUCGAAUCAUUUCGCGCAAGAACUUAAGCGUAACGUUGUAGGGCAAGCAGAGGAGGGAUGUGAUGUUGUAAUGCAAAUGACACGAUAGACAUGCAGAUGGUCGAGUGAUGCCAGAGGUCGAUUCACAGCAGGACUAUGAGUUGAUUUCACUGAAGGAGGAGGACGGAAAAACCAUAAUGAAGAUAAAAAGAAAGUUUGACACUUGCGAUUCAGAGGACAACAAAAUUGAGGCUGGAACAACCAAAGUUAUUUAUGCCUACCACCCGGACGACCCUUCCUCAGAGGAUGAAAUUCCAAUGCACAGUCCUCAAAACAGGGGAGCUAGAAGCCUGAUGCUGCUUAACAGUCUUGAAAAAGUGCCAACUUUACCAUCGGACACUGAAACAUUCGUAUUGAGACACAACAGGACCGCCGUGUCAGCCAACCGCACCACCUACAAGUGCCGAGUAUUCGAGAUGCCUAAAUUUAGUGAAGUACGCCACAUCGUAAAGGUCGAGCCUGUUAUCCAGGCAGGUCACGAGGGAAUGGUUCAUCACAUGUUGUUGUACGAGUGUCGAGAUGAUUUCAAAAGAGAAUACUUGAACUACUCUGGUGAAUGUUACGGUCCUAACAUGCCUCCGGCGAUCGAUGAGUGUGCUGGGUUUUCAACUAUUGCAGCUUGGGCUAUUGGUGGAAAAGAGUUUCAUUACCCUGUGGAUGCUGGUUUUCCAAUCGGAAAAGCUGAUAGCCCAAAGGUGCUUAUACUGGAGAUGCAUUACGAUAAUCCUGAAAACAAACAAGGGAUAACAGACAGUUCAGGCCUGAGGUUCUACCACACCAAACAAUUAAGGAAGUAUGAUGCAGGGGUGCUGACGGUAGGAGCAAUGGUCUUAGAUUUCAUGAUAAUUCCACCAAGACAGAAAAGUUGGGAAACCACGGGUGUCUGCUCAAAGGAAUGCACACAAGAGGGAUUUAAAGACUCUACGCUUCCUACAGGAGGAAUAAAUGUCUUUGCUACCUUGUUGCACACUCAUCUAGCAGGCCGCAGAACCUGGCUUCGUCACCUGAGAAAUGGUAGAGAGCUGCCUGAUAUAGUCAGAGAUGAGCAUUACGAUUUUAAUUUUCAGGAAUAUCAACUGCUGCAAAAGGAGGUCCACGUUGCUUCGGGUGACUCCCUGGAAAACGUUUGUAUUUAUAGCACAGAGGAUCGGAAGACAGCUACAAAGGCGGGACUUGGAACUACCCAGGAGAUGUGCUUAUCAUAUGUCAUGUACUAUCCUAAAGUCAACCUAACAAACUGUCGGUCCACUGACGCCACGGCGUUCUUUUCAUGGCGUGGGAGAUAUAUUAAAGGAGGCGACGAUAUGUCGAAAGCCAGUUUUUGGACUGACCCAGUGAACACAGGGCUGAAAGAAGCAUACCGAGAUUCCAAAGAAGUAGUCGUCUUUUGUAAUGGUAUCGGAAAUGCGCAAUUGCCGGUAAUUACGUUCUUUAUCUCUAAAUGUCAAUAUUGCUGCUUUCUGUAUGUAGACUGAAGAACAGACUUCGCGAUUUGAUUUCUUUAGCAAGACUUUCCAUACUUUGCCAAAGGAACCAAGGUAGUGUUUUUGUGGGAUCGCUCUUUCCGAAACCAGAAGAAAAAAAAAAAAAUAAAUCGAGUGAAAAUGAACUCUGAAAAUGUCACGGUUGCAUAACAACACCUUACAGAAUAAUGAACCAUCAACGUUUUCUCCUGACGUUGGCUUUUCUUUCCUUCCUUUGAAAUGAUUUUUAGUGAUUUUUUUGGUUAAAACUUUCCGUGUACCCCUAGGUUCGUUACGUCAGUUGAAAAAAAAUAUAUAUGCGAUCUUCUUCUAAACGCACUUUACGGUUUAGUUUUCAAGCCGUGAACAUACACACACACACACACA